CCCCAGAAAAAAGAGAAAUGACCCCGCCACAUGUUUAAAAAAAAAGAGAAGGAAAUUACCCCGCCGCCGCCGCGCGCCGCUGCAUCUUGCCGUCCACCGCUCAACCGCCCGGCGCGCGAGCCACCGUUCCGCCUGCCGCAUCCAGGUCUGUUCCCGCUUGCUGGUGGACGUUCCGUCCGUCGCGCCCGGCCAUCUCUCUAGUUUGACCUCCUGUGCUAUUCUCCCCCCUUCCCUCCAGUGUCCUCUAGUUUGACCUAUUCCGGCGUCGUUCCGUAAUAGUAGAUCUGCGCUUCCUUCUCCGAAUCGGAGAGGAAUCUGGAACGUACUAUAUAGGCAGCCAGCUGCGGUGUAAUCGGUUCGAGGGAGAGAUAAAGUGCACUCCUUGAGUCCUGCUUUAAUUAAACUCAUCCUUCCCUGGGAGUUUUAGGUUUUCCCUCCUUGUAUAAGCUACACAUCUAUCCUGUAUAAGCUACCCUGUUGCAGAUUGGGGAACAUCACAGCGGUCACUGGUCAGUGAUCUGAAAAUCAAAUGGGCAAGAGAUGGGUUAUGGAGAUGAGCCCCCAAGAAGCACGUAGAUUCAAGCUCCGACGCCACAACAGCAGGCCCAAGACGCGUCUGGACAAUCUCCCCGAGGAUGUGAUACAAAAGAUACUAUCGCGCUUGCCUCUAAAGGAGGUGGUGCAGAUAAGCACACUGUCGAGUGGGUGGAGACAUGUCUGGAGGUACCACCCAGAUCUAAUCUUCAGUGUUGAAAAAUUGUUUGAUGGCAAGGACAAGGGGGACCAAGAAUUUGUUACUAGUGUCAAUGAUAUCCUGAAGGAUCACUACUGUACUGCUGUGAACAAGUUUAAGGUGAAUUAUGGACUCUCUGAAGAACACGGUGAUGAUCUUGAUGGAUGGCUCAGUUUUGCUGUUCUAUCGAAGGCAAAGAACGUUGUUCUUGAUCUACGCCCUCCACCCAAAUGCCCGGACGAUGUCUACAACUUCCCUCUGCAUCUUUUUGAUGAUCGAAACAGCUCAUGUGUGCUGUCUCUCCGACUUGUCUUAGUGUGCCUAAGGCCAGCUCUGAAUUUCUGUGGCUUUGCAAACCUUCGAUCACUCAAAUUGCAUAGGGUUUAUGUAUCGAAGGGCCUCCAUUGCAUGCUCCCACACUGUGCUGUCCUUGAGUGGUUAAGUCUAACAGACUGUUUCAUGCCUUCCUUCACCAUGUCUGAGCCACUAGACCACCUGCAGUAUGCUUGUAUUCAGAAUUGCAGCCUACAAAGCAUGGAACUGCAUGCACCAAAUCUCACAGUAUUCAAUUAUUCAGAGCAGGAUGUGCCGAUUGUGCUUGGCAAAUUCCACAAGCUGACAAAGGCAAAAAUUGAAGUAUUAUCAGAUUCUGACAAUCUAGACUACACUUUUAGUCAUCUUGUUCGGGCUAUGUCUAAUGUGGAGGAAAUCUCCCUUAGAAUUCAUAUCGAAAAUGAGGCACGACAGUUCAUGACAGACAGCCGGUGUGAUUUUAUUAAUCUGAGGCAUCUCAGUAUAGAGGUUUUGGUGGACGGAGAUCCAGGUUGUUCAAGUGGGAUUCUUCGUUUGGCUUCUCUAUUGGAACUAACUCCCUCUCUUGAAGUGUUCAAUUUGCAUCAACUUUUUAGUCUCGUAGCCCUCCCUGGCAGUGGAUCGAGGGCGCCCGUGCGCGUCGUCGAGAAGGCGAUGCAGCGGGUCGAUAGCCAAUAUGGACAGGAUGGGCGACAGGGGUGUGAUGCUAAAAAUAAGAAAGAUUUCAAAGUCUAGGUUCGGUGGCUUAUGAACCAGGCUCAUAAUCUCCUGCGAGUCGCUUCAGGAAGCAAUACCCUACAUUUAGGACCAAAUGAAAUUAGGAUGAAGAUGCGGAUCAAAACAAAAGGAUUUUGUCACAAAAUAAACAGCGGAAAAGCAACACCUAUUGUAACUAUAACAAAGAGUCGGGCCAAUUGGGAAACGAAGAAGACAAGACACCAACAGUGAAGAGUUACAUAAGCAUAGCAUUACUAUCUCUGUUCCUAAAUGUAAGACGUUUUUGCCGUUCAAAUUGAACCGCAAAGAACAGAUGUGUAGUUUUUAGUUUUAUUUUUGAGAGAGGAAAAGAGAGGCAUAUACCUUUACUGCGACAGAGUUACAACUUCGAUAACAGGUGCAAGAACAACAACUUGUUCCAUAGUACUUUCUUCAGUA